CAUGCGUAAACCAAGGCCUAAUAGAUUUCUCGAGGAGAGAGAAAGCAACACGUUAAUCACGUUUGCAGAUUUCGAAUGUACGCAGCACGAUGAGGUGCAUGCGAAAAAUCGCGAUGGGGUACGUAGAAUCCAUAGAGUGAAUUUGGUAUGCUCCCAAACUGUUUGUAAGAAAUGCCGGGACAGGGAGAUUAGCGAAGACGACCAACAAUGCGAAGUGUGUGGAAUACGCGAAUUAUGUAUUUCGAAUAUUAACGAUCAUAGCUUGAACGUCGUAAAAGCGUUUCUCGAGGUGCUUAAUGAAAAAAGCAGUGGGACACAUCGGCCUGGCAACUCGAAGCGUAGAUUAACAGAUCACGUGUGCCUGUUUCAUAAUCUUAAAGGUUAUGACGGUAUCUUAAUCAUGAGCGAAAUACUACGUACCAACAAAUGGAAUGUGAAAUCUGUAAUACUAAAUGGAUUAACUGUAAUGCAGCUAGAGAUUGUUCACAUCGAGUCAGGCGUAAGAAUUUCAUUUAAGGAUUUCAUUAAUUUUGUACCAUGCAGUCUUAGCAAAUUACCAAAAGCAUUCAAACUAAGCGGCGAUUUAGCAAAAGGUUACUUUCCCCAUUUGUUCAAUCGACCGGAAAAUUACGCGUACAGAGAAAAAACGUUACCUCCGAUUGAGUUCUAUGACCCUACAAAUAUGGCCGUUUCUCAAUACGAAGCCUUCAAUUGUUGGUAUGAAAAAGAAGUGAAACGUCUAGAGGAAUCACCUGAGGAGGUCUUUGAUUUCUCAACUGAGAUAGUAAAGUACUGUAAAAACGAUGUGACAAUUCUGAGACAAGCUGCAUUGCAAUUUAACUCAUUCUUCGAGCAAUAUGCCUGCAGUCCAUUUCUUGAAUCUGUAACAAUUGCUUCUCUUGUAAGCCUUUUGUACAGAAGGAACUUUUACAAACCAGAAUCAAUAGGUUUGAUACCGAAAAGCGAUUCAUUUAGAACUGACCAGAGUAAAGAAGCUUUGAUGUAUUUUAGAUAUUUAGAGACCGAACUCAAUUUGGUCAAUCUCAAGCACGCUGGGAAUGGGCAAGAGCAAAUUGUCGGAGGAUAUCCUGUUGACGCAUUAGACACAGCAAAUAAUACUAUUUACCAAUAUAUGGGUGACUACUGGCAUUUCUGUCGAGAUUGCUAUCCAGACGACGAAAAAGCCAACUUUGAGGCUAAAAAACAACACGAAUCUGGACUGGCCAGAAGACAGGCUACAUUUAUGCGAACCAAAGCGCUGGAAAAUUUGGGAUACAGGGUUGUAGAUAUGUAUGGAUGCAAAUUUAAAGCAUUAUUGAAAGAUCAGCCACAAGUUAAGGAGAAAUUACUGAAAGAUCCGAUUGUUCAAAAGGGUUAUUUGCGUGCAAGGAAUUGCCUUAGCGGUGGUCGUACUAACAGUGUCAUUUUAUUGCAUGAAUGCGGUCAUGACGAGGAAAUUAAUUAUUACGAUUUUACUUCCCUCUAUCCGACCACCCAGAAAUACUGUGAAUAUAUUGUAGGCCAUCCUACCGUCUACACCUCGAAUUUCCCUAGUCUCGAAUCUGUAAAGGGAUUUGUUUUCUGCAGAGUGUUACCCCCAGAUUCUCUUUAUCACCCUGUCCUACCCCAAAAAGUUGGAGAUAAACUUUUGUUCCAUCUAUGUAAGAUAUGCGCUGUUGAAAAAAACCACGACACUCCUUACUGCACGCACACCGAUGACGAAAGAUCAUUUGAUGGCUCUUGGAGUUCGUGGGAGCUGAACUUGGCCAGGAAAUUUGGAUACAAGAUCACUGAAAUUUACGAAAUCUGGCACUAUGAGAAAACAACAAAGUACAAGAAGGAUGAAGAUGAAGGCCUUUUCACCAGCUUUGUGAACGCUUUCCUGAAAUUGAAGCAGGAAGCAUCCGGUUGGCCGGUAAACAAUAUGUCUAACGAGGACAAGAAAAAAUACAUCGAAUCAUACGCUGUCGAAGAAAACAUCGAACUGGACGAAAGCAAAAUCGAGAAGAAUGAGGUCAUAAGAACCGUAGCAAAACUCUGCCUUAAUUCGCUAUGGGGAAAAUUCGGUCAAAACGUAAGGAGUAAAUCAGCAGUUAUUGGUGAACGCAGCAGGCUUCUUGAACUUCUCUCAGCUCCUAACGUGACUGUCACUAAUAUUAUGUGUGAUGCGACAUCAAAAGUUGUGGUUCAGUACAAUGACGACCAGGAUACUCUGAAUAAUGUUAAUGUCUUGGUAAGAAUGUUCUAG